AUGCUCAAGUGGAUUUGGAACUACGGGUAUGAACGUCAAUUGACCAAAGUCAAGAGCGGUUCCAUGCUUCCACUACUGGAUGUUGAGACGUACAAUGCGAUUGCGCAAGACAACAGUGAUGCGGGUUGCAGUGGAAUAAGAAGAGCUAAAGCUAGUUUUGAGGACAAGAACCUGGCGUUAGGCGUGUAUUAUAUGCUUGAAGGAUUUCAAUUCCGCAUGCCACUGCUACAUAGGGACACGAACCUGGAGAAGUGGCAUGUUGAUUUCAAGGGAACCCCCUUCAGAAGCCUCCGGAUACAACCAACUACCGAUCACGGUAUCGUCGCCAUGUAUGCAUUCGAUCAGAAGAUUGGAUCCUUCAAGAUUCUAGAUUUCCCUGCUCGCGGCCCUUAUGUCGGCGAUUUGGUUUCGCGGCAGCGAAUGAUUGCGUGGAUUUGGGAUUACGGUAACAAGCGCCUAGAGGGCCGAGUGAAAUCCAAAGCAGCGCAACGCUCCCAACCCAAAGCACCCACGAAAACUCACGCCAAAGUCAGACGAACAGAGAAGCCCCUGCUCCAUAGAGUACUACACACAGCUAGUUUCAAGGCACAACGUGGAGCGAGCUCGAAUAUCCAAGGCACGAGGACCGUACCCAAAAAAGGGGAUAUCACCAUGGAAGACGUCGGUGCUGGUGCCCAUAGAGAGAAUGUGGAGCCUUCCGCUCGAAAGGCACCACUUCGCGUCGCUGACCCAAAUGCUCAGCUGGGAAUGGCAUGGCAGACAAAGGGCCGGGGACAUUUCAGGAGACAGCAAUACUUGAGGUCGAUAAUAUCGAAAUUGAGCGAUUGGGCAUAA